AUGAUAAACUUCUUGCCUUCUAAUUUAAUUGCUGGUAAACCUGAUUCUGGAUUUGUUAGUGCUUUACAUAAUGGUAAGCUUGAUAUGCUAAGUAUGAGAGAAGGGAUUGCAAAUUGGAUUGUUAUGCAUGAAAAACCUUUUUCAGUUGUUGAAGAGGAGGGGUUUGAUAUGAUGCUAAAACAAGGGAUACCACAAUGGACUAGUGUGACACGUCGCACUAUAAAAGCCGAUGCAUUCAAUGUUUAUGAGGCCGAAAAUAAAAAGUUGAAGGCAAUUUUAAAAGAUGUGGAUAGGAUUUCUUUGACCACUGAUCUUUGGCGUAAUAAGCCACAAAGGAUUGAGUACAUGGUACUCACGGGGCAUUUUGUUGAUAAGGAUUGGAAACUACAAAAGCGGAGCUUUGUGCAUAUUCCUCCUCCUAGAAAAGGAAAAGAUAUAGCAAAUUGCAUAUUUAAAUGCUUGAAGGAGUGGGAAAUUGAGAAUAAAGUGUUCACGGUUUCCGUAGACAAUGCUACGGCAAAUGACACUUGCAUCCAAAUCAUGAAAGAUACCUUUUCACUUUCUAAAAGGUUAAUGUGUGGUGGUAAAUUAUUUCACGUUCGUUGUUGUGCACACAUUUUGAAUAUCAUGAUGCAACAUGGUUUGAAGCAAGUCAAAACUAUCAUAAAUAAUGUGCAUGAUACGGUGGAUUAUCUCAAUGGAAGUGAAGCUAGGAUGAGGAAGUUUGCUGAACUUGUGCAACAAUUCAAUCUUAAAGAGAGGAAACUCAUUCUUGAAUGCAAGACUCGGUGGAAUACCACAUAUGAUAUGUUGGCUUCAGCAAUCAAGUUUAAGGAGGUAUUCUUUAGACCUGCUUUGGAGGAUAGUGAAUAUGUUUGCUGUCCUGGAUCAGAAUAUCCAACUUCUAAUGUGUUUCUUAGUGAAGUUUGUUACAUCAAAGAGAUGUUAGAUAAAUAUGCCAACUCUUCUGAUGAUUUUGUGAAAGACAUGGUAAAAAACAUGAAAGAAAGGUUUGAUAAGUAUUUGGGUGAAUGCAAUUUGAUCAUGGCCAUAGGUGGUAUUUUGGACCCUCGUGUGAAAAUAGAGGUACUUGACAUUACUUUCCCCCAAAUGUUUCCUUCGGAACUUGUUAGAGGUAACAUUCUCAAGGUUAGAGAUACUUUGUACGAGUUGUAUGAUGAGUACAAGACCUUGUAUUCUUCUCCAACGGAAGUAGUUUGA